UGCCGCAUCAUCAAGCUUUCUUAACACACACCCAAAAUACAAAAAAAACAAAAAUAAAAAUAAAAAUACAUGAUCCAGACUACAAAGUUUGUUAAAUUCACACUCUUCCUUUCUUAAUAUCUUCAAAAACAAUUACAAAAUCCCUCUAUUACGCAUCAAUUUUCACCGCAAUCCAAUUCAGGAAACAAAAAAAGAAAGAACAAAGACAUCAAUUUUGACAAGUUUCCCCCUUCUAUGAUCCUGUAUUAGAUUAAAUCUCUUAAGUUACACCUUAAAUCUCCUAAUUAAUUUCUGGGUUUUCCUGGAACACUCAAAAUCACCCUUUUCCUUGAUCUGGGUAUUUAACUUUUUGAUGAUGGCGAAGAAAAACACACAACUUUUGUUGAUGAUAAGCUUGCUAAUCAUGACUAGUUCGUGUUUAGGGAGAUUUGUAGUGGAGAAAAACAGUUUAAAGGUGACAUCUCCAAGUAAUUUGAAAGGUGUUUAUGAAUGUGCAAUUGGGAAUUUUGGGGUCCCACAAUAUGGCGGUGCAAUGGGUGGAAUUGUGGCUUUCCCUAAAUCUAAUCAAAGGGGUUGUAAGCCAUUUUCUGAUGAUGAAAUUACCUUCAAACCUAAGCCUGGUGGAUUGCCUAUUUUUCUACUUGUUGAUCGUGGGGAAUGUUUUUUCACCUUGAAGGCGUGGCAUGCGCAGAAUGCUGGUGCCGCGGCUGUCCUGGUCGCUGAUGAUAGAAUUGAGCCUUUGAUUACUAUGGACACCCCUGAAGAAGGCACAUCUGAGGAAGAUUAUGUACGGAAUAUCACUGUUCCAUCAGCACUUAUUAGCAAGGAUUUUGGAGAUAGGCUUAAGAAGUCUUUAUCAAAAGGUGAUAUUGUGAAAAUCAACCUUGACUGGAGGGAGACAGUCCCACAUCCUGAUGAUCGAGUUGAAUAUGAAUUUUGGACUAAUAGCAAUGACGAAUGUGGGCCAAAGUGUGAUGCUCAGAUUGAUUUUGUAAAGAAUUUCAAAGGAGCUGCUCAGAUACUUGAAAAGGCUGGUUAUACUCAAUUCACACCUCGCUAUAUUACAUGGUAUUGCCCUGAAGCUUUUAUCUUAAGCAAGCAAUGCACGUCACAGUGCAUCAAUCAUGGGCGGUAUUGUGCUCCAGACCCUGAGCAGGAUUUCUCCGUAGGUUAUGAUGGUAAGGAUGUUGUGCUUCAGAACUUACGCCAAGCUUGCUUGUUUAAGGUAGCCAAGGAAAAUGGAAAACCGUGGCUUUGGUGGGACUAUGUUUCUGAUUUUGCAAUCCGCUGCCCUAUGAAAGAAAAGAAGUACACAAAAGAGUGUGCAGAUCGAGUAAUCAAAUCUCUUGACGUUGACAUCAAGAAAGUAGACGAAUGUAUUGGUGACCCCGAGGCUGAUGUGGAAAAUCCUGUACUGAAGACAGAGCAGGAGGCACAGAUUGGUCAUGGUGCUCGGGGAGAUGUGACAAUAUUGCCAACUCUUGUAGUUAAUAAUAGACAGUAUAGAGGUAAAUUGGUGAAGAAUGCUGUCCUCAAGGCCAUCUGUGCUGGUUUUGAAGAGACCACUGAACCUUCACUUUGUCUAACCCCAGAUGUAGAAACCAAUCAGUGCCUAGAAAACAAUGGUGGAUGCUGGGAAGACAAGGCUUCUAAUCUUACGGCAUGCAGGGAUACUUUCCGAGGCAGAGUCUGUGAAUGUCCUACGGUGCAAGGAGUCAAGUUUGUUGGUGAUGGCUAUGUUCAUUGUGAAGCAUCUGGGCAUUUACACUGUCAGAUCAACAAUGGAGGAUGUUGGAAGGAUACACGUGGUGGCAAGACAUAUUCUGCUUGUGUGGAUGAGCAGACUCAUGUAUGUAAAUGUCCUCCUGGGUUCAAGGGUGACGGUAUUCAUUGUGAAGAUGUGGAUGAGUGCAAGGAAAAAGUAGCCUGCCAAUGUCCAAAAUGCAACUGUAAGAACACUUGGGGAAGCUAUGAGUGCAGCUGUAGCAAUGGUUUGCUGUACAUGCAAGAACACGAUACAUGCAUAAGUAACGGUAGUGGAGGUUCUGGGUGGGGGUUUGCUUGGAUGUUUAUUCUGGCAUUGGGAGGAGCUGGAUUGGGCGUAUAUGCAUUUUACAAGUACAGGAUACGGAGGUACAUGGACUCGGAGAUACGUGCAAUCAUGGCUCAAUAUAUGCCUCUCGAUAAUCAAGUGGAGAUCACCACUCAUAUUCUCGGGGGAGAGAACUGAGAACUCGAGUCUUAAGUUAAAGGUUGGCGCCAAAAGAGGAGGGCUAACUCAAGAGUCAAGAUGUGUGAUUACUCUUCUGUUGAGUUGGGCAAAAGGAAGUUUUCCACUAGGCCUGUGUAUUUGUCCAUAAAAGGCUACAAAAUUUUCGGUAUAGUGGUCUAUUAUCCUGAGUAAUGUAGAUGGGAUGAUGAUGAUGAUGAUGAUGAUGAUGAUGUCUCCCGCUAUAAAUAAUUGUGCUUGUACAUAUCGAAUCUUGAAUAAGUGGUGGAGUUUUGAUUUCCUGUCCAUUUCAAGAAGCAAGCUAAUUACAUACAGGUAUCUUUUAGUAGCAUCAAUCACUUAAAUGUGGAUUGUAUACAUUUGGAGAAUCUGUUGGUCUUUCAUUUCUUGGAGGUUAUAAUGGCCAAUCAUUGUUUACUUGAUCGAACAAA